CCGAGACCCUACACCUAGUUUGAGGUGUAUCAGCAGUGGCCAAUCUCCAGUUGAACAACAACCCUACCAUCGUUGUUCCAAGAUAGCCAUCCCUGUUUCAACCAACAUAAUCCCAAGACGUGUCCGGAUUUGACAGCCUUGGCGAUCUCGCCUCGUCUGAGUCAAAAUAGGACAUGACGCAAGUGACAUAUUGUGUCAUCUUCCACCGCCAUUUAGAUAUAUAAAUGGCCUGCCCACAAAAAUGCCACAUUGACAGGCACUGGAGCCAUCUUGAAGCAUUUCGUUCAACAGACACUGUAACUUAUUGCUAAUUCACCUUCAAUCCAACCAUUUCAGUUUACCAGUGUUCGCCUAGCUUUGACAGAUAAAUCUAGUGUCUUAAGAUGAAGUUCGCCCAUUUGCUUCUUCCCGUGAUUUCUUUCUUCGAGCUUUCCAAGGGCCAAGGUACGGAGGCCUCUGCCCACAUGAAGCGGAUGGAACAGCAACGUUAUUCUCCCCGGUUCAACAUCGUCGACUCGGUUCCUUCCAACUCCCCAGAAUUCCAGUUGUCAGAUAGCCUUCGCAUGAUCACGGGUGAUACGCUCUUCUAUUUAGUUUUAAACGUCUCAGACUCUUCCAACAAUUACACUGAUUCUUUUAACAUGAGGUUGGAUACCAGCGGCGUCAAACUCUCCUGGAUGUAUAAUAAGACGUGCAUCGAAGAAGCUUCCCCCCACUGUCUGUCAUAUGGUUUUUUUAAUGAUUCCAGACCCAUCCAAACAGAAAGCACAUUCCAUUUCAAUAAUAUAGAUGUGCAAGUAGGUGGUGAUGUAGUCUCAUUGGAUAAAAAUGAUUUAUCAAUCGGAUGGGGAGACACCACUAUCUCUAACUUCUCAAUGGGAUUUGCACAGCAUAACAUUUCAAAGAACUUUGGCUCUGGAGUUGUGGCUCUUUCUUCAUCACUGGACUCCAAUACCAAUUUGAUCUCGCAAAUGUUUCAGGAGGGCUACAUCGACAAGGAGCAAUUCGGCUUAUACCUCCUCACAACAACGAACCGGUCUCCUCCUGACAUCCAGUACACCAACUCAUCUUCUCCCUGGAAAUCUUUCUAUGGAGGAUUAAUUGCCUACGGUUCUGAUGCGGAAAAUGUGGUGUAUAACAUUACUGGCUCCACAGAUAUGUUCUACGUAGAUAUCAACAACCAUACCACUUCGAAAUGGCUUUUGGACGUUACUGAUAUCAACGUGUCAAAUGGUAAUCAUACCAUGCACGCCUUUGACUCCAAACAUUUGCACAUUGAUACGUCAGUUUUGAACUAUUUUCUACCUAUGGAAGAUGCCCACUUGGUCCAUCAGUUGAUGUUUGGUGAGAAUUUCAUGAACAAUACCUCUGGAGACUACGCUAUUCCAUGCAAUGCUACUGGAUCGUUACUGUUCAAACUUAACGACAGAGAAUUUAAUUUUACAGCUGAUGACCUCACGUAUACUCGCUUUUAUGGUUUCAAUGAAGGUUAUCUUGGGGGAAACGAUCUUCCAUCUGUACCUAGUGGUUACUGUCAUUCCUUGUUGGGCGGAUGGUCAGGAGACGACUUUAUACUUGGAAAUGGCUUUUUGCAGCAUUAUUACACUAUUUUCGAUUUGAAAGAAAGGAGAAUUGGAUUUGGCGAAAUUAACCUCUCCAGUUUUGUGUUGAAGGACGGCUCAGGUCCCUCUCACAGUUCGAAAAGCACGGGAAAACCUCCAUCAUCAGCUAGUGCUUCUUCGUCUUCUUCUUCUUCUUCCAACUCUAACGCUACCAAUAGUAAUGGAACCAAGAAAAAUGAGUCUGGCAAGAUCAAUGCCGGCCUUCUCGUGCCGGGAGUUAUUUUAGGGGUUAUGAUCGCCAUGGCAUGAAGAUGACCUUCUUCAAACUACAUCAUAGCUUGAUGCCUCUACGAAUUAUCUUUAAAAGUUGCAUAAUAUUUCAAAGAAUGUAUAAUAACGACAUAUAUUUUAAAUCGUGCUAACCCAUACUCAGUAGCUCCUGGAAGCCAAGUAACUGCAGUAUAUCCGUAGCAAAGAUUCUUCACUUACAUUAUUAAGGGGAAACAAC